AGGUCCGUCACCAGCUGAUGGGGAAGCACUGGAAGGCGUGUCGUGCACUGAUCUCUAUAUAACGGAUAAGUUUUAUUAUACAGAUCAGUGGUGUCGUGUCAUUAUUACGAAACAGAAUAACUUGAAAUGUCUCUGAAAGAAGGAAUCAAAGUCGCAUCACAAUGCAUAGACGCAGAACGCGAGAACUUAAAGGCUUUAAGUUUAGAAUUAUGGAAUAACCCAGAACUUGGAUUCGAAGAAAUCCGAGCCCACAAGCUUGCGACAGAUUUUCUAGAACAACGCGGAUUCAAGGUGGAACGGGCUUACCACAUGCCGACGGCCUUUCGCGCUGAAUUUACAAACGGCGAUGGGCCAAAUAUUUGCAUAAUAUGUGAAUAUGAUGCAUUGCCAGAGAUUGGGCAUGCAUGUGGUCACAACCUCAUUUGUGAAGCAGGGAUUGCUGCGUCAAUUGCCGUUAAAUCGGCUUUAGAAGCCAACCACGUUCACGGAAAGCUCACUGUGCUUGGCACACCAGCAGAGGAGGGUGGAGGAGCAAAGGUUUCAUUCGUUGACAAAGGUGUGUUUGGAAACAUAGAAGUUGCCAUGAUGGUCCACCCAUAUGCUUUCAAUAGAACAUUUCAGGUUUACCUUGGAUUUCAAGAGUUGACAGUGAUGGGCACUCCAGCAGAGGAGGGUGGGGGAGGCAAAGUAAUGCUGAUAAAUGCUGCUGCUUUUUCUGAUGUUGAUUUAUCUAUGAUGGUACACCCGUUUGCUCGUAAUGAUGUCAAUAUUAGCUGGCUCGGGAUUCAAAGGCUGAUCGUCACUUACACAGGAAAGGCAGCUCACGCAGCCGCAUCACCAUGGGAUGGAAUUAAUGCGCUUGAUGCUGCUGUGGCUUGCUACAAUGGGCUUUCUAUGCUCCGGCAGCAGAUGAAGCCAAGCUGCAGGAUUCAUGCUGUCAUCACAAAAGGAGGAGUGCGGCCAAAUAUCAUCCCUGCAGAAGCAGAGGUACAGAUAUACGUGCGUGCCACAGAACAAGAAGAAUUGAAACUUCUUUUGGAGAGAGUCAGUCACUGCAUAGUGGGAGCAGGCAAAAUGACAGGUUGCGAUACUGAGUUUCAGUAUGCUCCAAACCCUUAUGCAGCAGUUAAGCACAAUCACACAAUGGGUCUGCUUUACGAAAAGUAUGCGCGUGAACAAGGUAUUGAGUUUCCAAUUGCCCCAAAUCCUCUGCCGGGAGGCUCCACUGAUAUGGGAAACGUGUCACAUGUGGUGCCAUCUAUCCACCCAACGUUCUACAUUGGCACUAACUCCCAAAUUCAUACUAAGGUGUUCAGAGAGCAGGCAGGUACAGAUGAGGCACAGCAGUACACCUUAGUAGCAGCCAAGUCAAUGGCUUUCACUACACUGGAAGUUCUGAGUGACCCCGCACUGUUGUCGCAGAUCAAAAAAGAAUUUGAGAAAUAAACACCAAGAAGGUCACACCCAUACAUCUCAGUAAAGUUGCCUAAACUAUUCAACCUGAUAUAACAUGUAUAAGACAUACAAAAGGUAUAAUUUUGAUAACUGAUACAUGAAAUUGCAACGUUUGUGAAACUAGGGGGUUAGAGUUAUAUUGAAUAUAAAAUUCUUUCUCUAUCAAUUAAAAUUCCCUAAUUAACCUGCUUUAUUAACAUAUGUAGAGUGAAGUUAUCAUUUGUCAUCAACAGUUCCACACAAACACUGUUGAAAUACUCCUUUAUAACACAAUCUGUCCGCAUGCAUGCCAUCGUGCGUAAA